UAUAUUUGGGUGGAACGAAGGGUGUCUAUAAAUGGAGGUAAUGGUUAUAAGGAAGCAGGGCAGUGCAGGGUGGGAAAAGAGUUAGUACUUAUUAUUAUUGUUAAUGCAGCAAAGAGGAAGAGCCUUUAACCGAAGCUCCAGGAGUUUCUCAAGGUCUCGUAUCGCUAUCGAAGGCAGUUAAACUUUUCUUCUUUUUCUUCUCACACCUAAACCAUUUCAUUCUUCUGCCAUCACCACCAUGACUUCAGGUAUAGAUGAGCGUGAAAUUCAGAAAUCUUACUGGGUUCAGCAUUGUGCCGAUCUGUCUGUUGAGGCAAUGAUGCUCGACUCCAAAGCUUCCGAUCUAGACAAAGAAGAAAGACCCGAGGUACUUUCCCUUCUACCAGCAUAUGAAGGAAAAUCAGUUAUUGAGCUUGGUGCUGGUAUUGGAAGAUUUACUGGAGAGUUGGCCCAGAAAGCUGGUCAAUUGCUGGCUGUUGACUUCAUUGAGAGUGCAAUAAAGAAGAAUGAAAGCAUUAAUGGACACUACAAAAAUGCCAAGUUUUUGUGUGCUGAUGUCACAUCUCCAAACAUGAAAGUUUCUGAAGGAUCUGUUGAUGUGAUUUUCUCAAAUUGGCUACUAAUGUAUCUUUCAGAUAAUGAGGUUGAGAACUUAGCAGAAAGAAUGAUGAAAUGGUUAAAAGAUGAUGGAUAUAUAUUCUUCCGAGAAUCUUGUUUCCACCAAUCUGGAGAUUCAAAGCGAAAUUACAAUCCUACUCACUACAGGGAACCCAGAUUUUACACAAAGGUAUUUAAAGAAUGCCAUAUGAGUGAUAGCUCUGGGAACUCCUUUGAACUUUCUCUUGUGGGCUGUAAAUGCAUUGGAGCAUAUGUUCGAAAUAAGAAGAAUCAAAACCAGAUUUGCUGGAUAUGGCAGAAAGUCAGGUCCCAAGAUGAUAGGGGGUUCCAGAAGUUCUUAGAUAGAGUUGAAUAUAGCGAGAAGAGUAUUUUACGAUAUGAGCGUGUGUAUGGCCAAGGCUUUAUAAGCACCGGAGGACUUGAAACGACAAAGGAACUUGUAGCAAAGCUGGAACUCAAACCUGGUCAGAAAGUACUGGAUGUUGGUUGUGGUGUUGGCGGUGGUGAUUUCUACAUGGCUGAAAAUUUUGAUGUUGAGGUUGUUGGCGUUGACCUCUCCAUAAAUAUGAUUUCCCAUGCUAUUGAACGGGCUAUCGGACUGAAAUACACGGUUGAAUUUGAUUGUGCCGAUUGUUCUAAAAAAACAUAUCCUGAGAAGACAUUUGAUGUAAUCUACACUCGUGAUUCCAUGUUAUACAUAAAAGACAAAUCAACGUUGUUCAGAUCAUUUUACAAGUGGUUGAAACCCGGAGGUCAACUUCUAAUUACUGAUUACUGCAAAUGUGCUGGAAGUCCAUCUUCAGAAUUUGCCAAGUACAUUAAGGAAGGAGGAUACCAUAUCCAUGAUAUGAAAGAAUAUGAGCAGAUGCUGGAGAACGCUGGAUUUGAUGUUGUUGUUGUUGAGGAUAGAACUGAUCAGUUCGUGAAAACACUGGAGCAGGAGCUAAUUGCUCUUGAGAGCAAGAAGGACGAUUUUAUCUGUGAAUUAAGCGAUGAUGACUACAAUGAAAUUGUGGAGAGAUGGAAGGGGAAGCAGAUCAGGGGUGAAUGUGGAGAGCAGAAGUGGGGCUUGUUCAUUGCCAAGAAAAAAUGAUACGCUUCAUUAGUCUCUCAUCAAUUAUCCUGUUCUAGUUCUAGUUAUAUCAUAUUGAGUUCCGUGUGAAAUUAGUUUUCCAAAUAAUGCUUUGAAUAAUUACAGGUAUUCGUUACAUGUAAUCUUGAACAAAAAAUCGUGUUUUGGGAAUGCUAUUAUUAUCAUAGACACCCGUGAAGAGAGCGUGCUCCUCGGUUUGGAUGCGCUGUUGUUAACUUUGCAUUUGAGGCUCUAUGCUAAAAGUUUAUUUCAGUAUCCUGUUUUACUUGAUUCAGUGGUAAAUGUUCUCCUCGUUUGGAACGGAACUUUGAGAAGAAAACACGUUCCCCCUUUCUUCCUUGUUGUAGAAACCAACUAGUAAUGAUUUCAAUCGGCUUCCCUUUCA